AGGCGUCAGGUGAAACUCGCUCUGUCAGGAUUGUAAAAGAAGGGGACGGAUAAAACUUACUUCGAGUGGACUUUCUGGAAAGUUUUUUAAUACUAUUUAUGAAUUUACUCACCAAAGGAGACUUUUAACACCGGAAACCAGCAAGUUACAAGAUGAAGAGCCUCAAGUAUCGAUUGAAAAAGCACGAAGUUACCAUCACAAACACAGACUGGAACAAGUAUGAUGAUCGGCUGAUGAAGGCGGUGGAACGCAGCGAGGUGGACAAGGUCGCUGCUGUUCUCAGCAAGAAGGGCAUCAUCCCCACCAAGCUUGAUGUGGAAGGACGCUCAGCGUUUCAUUUGGCUGCGACACGAGGACACCUCGACUGUCUCAAUCUCAUCCUAGGACACCAUGUUGAUAUCACUGCAACUGAUGCCACUGGUAAAAAUGCUCUUCAUCUGGCCUCAAGAAAUGGACAUUCUCUGUGUGUGCAGAAACUCUUGCAGCACAACUGUCCAGUUGGAAAUGUGGACCUACAAGGAAGAACAGCUCUACAUGAUGCUGUCAUGGCUGGCUGCUCCUCCAGUGUGAAACUUCUCUGUGACAGUGGGGCUUCUGUGAAUGCCAGUGAUUUUGAUGGCAGGACACCUCUAGUGCUGGCGACCCAGAUGUGUCAUCCACGCAUCUGUCAGCUGCUGCUGGAGCGAGGGGCUGACAUCACCACCCGGGACAAACAGAGCAAGACAGCAUUGAUUCUGGGCUGCGAGUACGGCUGUAAGGACGCAGUGGAGGUGUUGCUGAAGAGUGGCGCUGAUGUAAAGGCAGUUGACGGCUUGGGUCAUGAUGCAUUUCACUACGCUCGCCUCAGCAAGAACGCAGAGCUUGUUGCGAUGGUCAAAAGUUACCUUGACAAAGCCACCAGAGAUAAAGAGGCUGCAAAGAUAGAACAGUGGAAGCGACAGCACUCAGUGGAGAGAGCAGAGGCAGCUGAGGUUACCAGAAGGGAUCAGAUCAUACAUGACCUGGAGAGGCAGAACGAGCAACUGCAGGAAAAUCUCAGGAAGUACCACCAGGAUCAGAGAGCGCUGGUAGAUAAGGUCAACAUGCUACAGCAACAGCUCACACAGGAAAAGAUCACCGUGGAAGACACUCAGAAAGAGAAGGAGCAGUUGAAGGUGUUACUCAGCACCAAAGACAGAGAGGAAGGACCUCGAGGGCUGGAGACUGUCAAGGUCCAACUCCGGAGCACUUUGGGGGACUACUCUGGGCAGUCUGUUAUCAAAGGUAAAGAAAACAUUUUGGUCAAACAAGCGCUCAGCCUGGACUCUGAUAAGAAUCCUGCCAUGUCGCGUUCGCUGUCCAGACCUCCAGAGAAGAGUCCGCCCGCUGUAGGCUGGGACCUCUCUGGUGAACUGGACGCACUCCGACAUGAACUUGAGGCUGUCAAGAGAAGACAACAGGCGGCUGAGGAUGAAACUGCACGACUUCAAUCUGCCCUGAACCGUAAAACCCGAGAGUGCCAAGAGCUGGUUCAGAGCCGAGACACCAUCCAGAAGCAGGCGGACCAGCAGGUUCAAGAACUGGAGGACGCCUUGGGCGACGUCCAGAAGAGGAUGCUGGACUCUGAGUGUAAGGUCAAACAGCUGCAAGCCCAUGUAGUCGCUGUGAAGGAACACUUAGGAGGCCAGGGGACGGAAGAAAUGCGCGCCCAGCUCCAGGAUAUCAAGGCCAAGUAUGAAGGUGCUUCGGCCGAAGUGUGUCGCGUUCGUAACCGCCUGAAGCAGAGCGAGAAGGCCUUGGAGGAGUACAAGAGCAGCGAGAGCCAGCUGGCAGCAGAGGCAGACAGGCUAAACCAAGAGCUGGGAGCUCUGACUGCAGAAAGAGAUGAGCUAGCGGAACACCUUCUAGAAAUGGAAACACACCUGAAGGAGGUCCAGACUAAACAUGGCAACACGGUACCCGCUGAGAAGUUUGACAACAUGAAAAACCUGCUGACCAACGCAGUUGAUGAGAAGGAGCGUCAGAUCGCUGAGCUGAGGGAAGACUAUGAUCGUGUGCUGGAGGAGGUGGCUGAGCUCCAUCGAAAGCUGGACUGUCCUUCAUCCCAGGGAGGACCGGGGGCGAUGUCUGCUGAGGAGCAACAGAAGAUACAGGCGGCUCUGGAAGAGCAGAACGCUUCAUUGAAAAGGAAGUUGGUUGAUGUGACCACCAGAAGCCAGGCUCUAAUUCAGGAGGUCGAGGAGAGCGAGGAGGAGAGAGAUUUGCUACGAGAGCAGCUGGAGGAGCUCAACAGCAGGAUUGAGAUGGACUUUGUGCCCAUGAAGUUGCAUGAUGACGCCCGGAGGAACAUGGUGACAGCUUUGGAGGAGCUGGAGGACAAACUGGUGGAGGCCAGUGAACGCUAUGGAAAAGCAGAAGCGCAAGUCCAACAGCUUCAAACCGAGAGGGCCACACUGCAAGAGAACAUCAGCAGUCUCCAAAGCGCCAGCGAAAGACACCUGAGUGAAACUGACACUCUGAGAUCUCAGAACGCCGACCUGAUGAAGAAACUUAAAGUUUUGGAGAGGAAAUGUGAAGACAGAGAUAAAGAGUGUGUGCAGCUGUCCACGCAGAGCCAGACUCUGAAACAGAGCUUGGAGGGAGAGUAUGUUCCCAGACAGCAGCACGAGCAAGUGAGGAUGGAGUUAAGCUCCACCUUAGAGAGCGUUAAAGCAGAGAUGUUGAAGUUGGAGACCAAAGGAAAAGAAAGUGGGGAAGAACUGAAGAAUGUGAAAGAAGAAAAUGAUAAGUUGAAAGAAAAGUUGGAGAGAGUCCUGUUGGAGAUGAAAAAAGAUUAUAUGAGCGUAAAAGACCACAAAGCAGUUGCAGACAAGUUGAACGCUGCCGUGGUUGAGGCAGAGAACAGAGCGAACGAAGUGUCGGCAAGGUAUGUGUCAACUCAGGAGGAAAAUGUAAAGCUUACUGAAGAACUGGAGGCUCAGAAGAGAGAACUUGAUACCAUACAGGAGGCUAUUCAGUCCAAGUUUAUCCCAUUGACAGCGGCUCAGGAAAAAGAACACUCUUACGGCGCCCAGGUGAAGGAGUUGACGGCCAAGCUGUUGGAAAUGGAGGAGAAGUAUAACAAGGAAAGGUCUGCUGGAGAGAGCAACAAGCAGGAGAAGGAGCAGCUAAAAGUUGAGAUUGAAUCUGUUCAACAGAGACUAGACUCUGCUGUUGUUAGCAGUGAAAAGCACAAGAAUGUGGAGGAAGAGUACAAGGCUAAAUUUGAGGAUUUAACUCAGAAGUUUGUUGACUUAGAGCAGCAGCACGAAGAGGUGACGCAUCAGAACGCUGAUCUUCAAAACCAGAACGUCCUCAGCAACACUCAGAUCCAGAAUCUCCAGGAGCGUCUGAAAUCAGAGUUGACUCGGAUAGCAACAUACGACACAGAGCUGAAAGCCCUCCAUGACGCCAUGCAACAAGCCCAGGCUGACUGCAAGAAGGCAAGAGAGGCUCAGCAGGAGGAGGCCCAGAGGGUCUGUGCCUUACAGAAAGAAGUUCAGGAGCUCCACGGGGAUCAGACGUCUCUGCUGCAACAACAGGCCAAGACCAAGGAUGCCCUGGAGGCUGAGGUCGCUAAGCUUCGAUUGGCUCUCCGCGAAGAAGAAGAGAACGGUGCCCAGAGGGCUGAAGAUGUAUCUGCGCUGCAAUCUGAGCUCCUUCAGGCCACGCAGGCUCUCGAGGAUGUUCGUGACAAGGAAGACCAAAUGAACCAGCUGAAGAAGGAGAAGCAGCAGCUGGAGGAGGAGGCUGCCAACCUGAGCAGCAAGCUGCUGAGCUUAGCGGAGGAGAGCGAAGAGGCCCAUCGGGAGGCGACGCAGGCGAGGGAGGGUGAGAGCAGGGCCCGGACAGAGAUGGAGGCCGUCCAGGAGAAGGGACACGCCAUCGAGAGAGAAAUCAGGGAGCUGAAGGAGAGAUAUGAUGAGUCGCUCAGCACCAUCUGUGAUCUUCAGAGGAGGAUUCAGACAUCAUCUCAGCAGACUGAAGCCAAAGACAAGAAGAUCACAGAGUUGCUGACAGAUGUCGAGCGAUUGAAGCAGGCACUGAAUGGUCUGUCCCAGCUAGCAUACACGAGCAACGCACCCAACAAGAGACAGACGCAGCACAUCGACACACUCCACGCUCAGAUCAAGAGCCUACAGCAACAGCUGGCUGAUGCUGAGAGGCAACACAGGGAGGUGGUUUCAAUAUACCGAACCCAUCUUCUCAGCGCAGCACAGGGCCACAUGGAUGAGGACGUCCAGGCCGCCUUACCAGAUCAUCCGCAUGAGACAGGAGUUUGUGUGUUAAAGCUUCCUCUGACAAAACAGAUGCUACCUGCUGACUCAAAUUCACCAUUCUCACAUCUCCCACUGCUGAGUCCCCUGCUGUGGCCCCUGUGGGUGCCCAGCGUGUGUGUUUGUCAGUCAUACAGCAUCCUCUCUGCCCUGAAAUCCCCCCCCCCUUUUUUGUAGUGUGGCUGCACUUUUGUUCCCAGAUAUCUGAGGGCCUUUUCACACCUGAAAGUCCGAACCAGGCUUCAUAUUUAUGUUAUAUAGUGUACAUUUGAUCUGGUUAGAGUUGGUUUCAAGUUGCAAUUAUGCAGCGUAUUAAAGACCUAUACAUGACAUACCUACAUCCUGUCAUCAUGACCUUCAUAUGUUGCUCUAUCGUCCUCUGGUAUCCGCUUCCUCUCAUCCUUUGGGAAAAUAAUUCAGUGUCGAAAUUUUUUAAAGUUGUCUCUUCCUCAAACAAACCAAACCAUUGCUCAGUUUGAUCCUUGCUGAGACCACCUCUUUUCGCUGAUGUUCAGCUGUUUGGUGUGGACCGUGGUCACACCUCUAACUCUGGUUGGGCUCAAACUAAAAAGUCCGAAAGUCGGACCAAACGAGGUAGGUGUGAAAGGGCCCGACGUCUCUGUGCUGUGGGUGAAAGUGAGUAACUUUAGAUUGUAGAUACAAAUGUGUUGUUUUCAACUUCAGUGAAUGAAAACUCAUUUUACUUCAAGCUGUCACUGUAUCGAUUUCUGCUUCAAACUGACCUGUGAAAUCAUUUUGACUCAAUGAUCUUCAUAUAUGCAGGAACAUUUUUCAGUUUUUUUUACAGUGCAGUCUGUGAAAAUGAGAUUCCAUACAUUUAUGUUCGGUCUGUUCUAAAUGAUGCAAAUCUGUGCAGCUUUAUGCAGCAUUAACUCAUUAUAUUCAGUGAUCAUGGGAGUCAUGUUAGAUGUAGGUCCCUCUCAUAGAUCGCUCACCGCUGAAAUGCUCAGCUGAAAUGUAAAACGGACAUGAACACAAAGACCACUUUUCACAUUCCCACCUGACCGUCAGCUCUCAUACAGUACGUUUUAGUGUUCAACAGCAUGUUUGAGGGAUAGAUACACGUUUUUAAAGUGGACCUUAAAGGAUGAGUUCACAGUUAAAGGUUAAAAAAUUCACAGUUAAAAAAUUGUGAACCUGUCCUUUGAUACAAUACUCACAUGCCAACAUGUGCAUUGAAGGAGUUACUGGUCCCUGUAGACUGACUGGUUGUGAAGAGAUCUCUUGCCCUUUGAAAUGUGCGUUUUUAAGUUUUUGUAGUGAUUUUGUUUCUCACUCUGCAUGUGGGAUUUUACUACCUUGAUUGCUUUUGAAAAAGUCUUUGCAUAAAAUACAUGGAGCUUCGUAUGCGUCGCCUUGUACUGGGUUCAGCCAUGCUGCAAAAUCUUGGUUAGGUAGCCAAUUUUUGUUGAAUCUCCACUUUCCAGAUGUCGUAUAGGGCAGUGGUUCCCAACUGGUGGGUCGCUGGUCCAUUCUGAGUGGACCGCAAGCUACUCACGAGUGUGUCCAGUUUGUAAAAAACACACUUUAUUUUAUUACAGUGAAUUUCUUGUGCAGAGCUUUCAUUUUGAAGUGCUGUUUCCUGCUGUAGAGUUACUGACUAACAGACAAGUACUUAACAGAGACGGCAAACUAGUUCAACAACAUGGCCAAACGCAAGUAUGAUGCUAAAGAUAAUUAACCAUAGGACCCUGAGGUAAUGACUAAGGAGAAAUCUGGACCCCGUGGCUGUUUUUACAUUUUACAUGAGAAAAAUAACAAAUCCUACUGUUCAUGUCUUUGCAUUUUAAGACUUAAAAGAUUUAUUUAAGAUGUUUUAAUACUAAUUAAGGCCUUGUUUUUAGAUUCGUGAAUUUAGUGUCUUAUCAGACUUUUUCAAGGAUCAGCAGGAACCCUGUAUUAUAAGAUUAGCAGUAUGAAUUAGUUACAUCAAGUGGGUGUCUUUCAAGGUUAUGGUCUUUUUUUUUUAGUAUGAGAUUUCCUCUUUGUGUGUCCUCGCUGAGCUGCAGGGACAACACUUCAAGAAGAAGGGUGAAUUUUGCUGUAAAAUCUCUGAUUUUUGAAGUUACCCACAUGAUUUGAUGAACUGACUGCAGAUAUUUGUGAUGUAUGUUUGCACAGACAGAGGACUGUAGAUUUGUCCCCCAUCUCUUACACCGAAACAGCAUUAGUAGGGGAUCCUGUCACAUCCAGUGUGGACAGAACGACUAAUUACAGCAUCUAUUAACUCUCUUAAUGCACAUGUGGGCAUCUGAGUGUUGUUUAUGUGAACCUAUCCUUAAACCUUGUUCAUGUCACUUGUAACACUUCAGCUUCUUGAUUUAGAUGUUUCUCUUUUUCAUUUUGUGGCGCAGUCAUCAUCUCCUGGAGGUCCAAACUCAUGUCAGAAUCAUCCAAAGACCCACAGAGGGUAAAACAGUCAUCCAAAUCUAAAACUAGUCACCAUUUUGGUACAUGGUGGAUAGUAAUAUGACAGAUCUGGGAGUUAUGUCACUCACAGUCUUGUUACAGAAGUCUGGACAUGGUUUGUGCUGGAUUUGAGUCAUGGAGGAGUGUGGAGUGGAGCUCUCUGUGCUGUGUCCUACAGUUUGCAGUGGGAUGUCGUCCUUUUGUUGAAACCAGAGUGUCCUCUAGUGGAGAGACUUGGCAGGCCAGGUUGAUAGAAAUUGUAAUAAUCAGUGUGGCCCAGGGGUAGGCAGCUGUUGUUUUUGGUGGCUGUAAUAUCUGCUGGGAAAUUUAUUAUGAAUCCAACAGUGUAGAAAAUGAAUGUGAAACUAAACAGAGCUUUGUCUGUCUGUUGCUUUGCAUCAUUACAUCUAAACCAACCCCCCUUUAAAGAAGCAAGAAGCUGAUUUAAUAAGUUUGAUUUAAUGUUGACUUAAAAUAAAACCUAAUUUCCGCAGCAGUGAACUCUCCUAGAACAAGGGCUGCGUACCCCUGAGCCAGCUAUUUGUGACUCUUGGUGGUGUCGUGUAGUGGUGUUGUGAUUGUUGAGCGAGUCUCUUAUGCCUUUACACUGAUAUAUUUUUCAUAGCUUUGUACUUCUUUAAUUACUGUACUACAGUGUGACAAUUCUGAUAUUCAGCAGGUCUGGAAGUAGAACGGCACAGAACACGUUCAGGGUAACAUUUACUGUAGAUGUGACAAGAAUAGAACUGAUUAUUUAUGUAGAUAGACAAACCCCCUAACGAUUAGCUAUAUGAAGCACUCCUGUCUUUAACUUUCAGCUAAUACACUUAAACAAGUCAAAUUUAUUGCUCUCUGUUUUUAUAUUUUGGCCAAAAACUCUGUUUACACCAACAGAUAGUUUAGAAAAUACCUCUUUGCAUUUUGUUAUGCAGAUGUUAGGAAUUAACACUUCCUGUCUUCUCUCAUCCGUUAACAUAGACUUUAAACUGAAUCCAGUUAAAUCUCUAAAUAAAUAUACUGUAUACCAAUCUGUUUAAAUUGGUUGAUGUCUUGACAAUAAUAUCUGUGUUUGUGAAUCAGUAAUACAAAAUCAAUAAAAGUGCCUAACAUAGAAAACUA